UGGCAGAAAGCAAGAUUUCGCCACAUGGUACCAUAUGAUACACGUGUAAAAUUAAAGUGUUGUGACAGAUAUUUCUCGACAUAAAAUUUAUUUGUCAGAAUGUCGUUAACUAUAGUCGCAAGUUCUACAAAUCCACCAAUUGGUGCUUUGUUGGUUGCAAAUUUUAUUAAAGAUACCACUCCUGUUACAAUAAAAUGGGGAAAGGAAACUUCUUUACAAGUAACAAGUGACAUCUCCUUCAAUACAAACUCUACUAUUAGCCGAUAUCUGGCUCGAGUUGCUUGUUCAUAUGGUUUGUAUGGAAGCACUGUGCUUGAACGAACUGAGAUUGAUCAUUGGUUGACAUUCAGCUUUGGGCAGCUGUUGUGUACCAAAGAAUUUCAAGAAGCAAUUCUCUACCUCAAUAAAAUUCUUGGGCCCAUCACAUAUCUUGUUGGCAGUAAACUUACUAUUGCUGAUUUUGCAGUGUUUGGUGCAUUAUAUUAUAGCCAGCAGUGGAGUUCUUCACUUGAGAAUGGAAAUGCCCCAGGAAAUGUAGUUCGCUGGUAUAACUUCAUAAAGUCAUUAUGCCAUGUUGAGUCAUUUCUUGCAUCUAUUCCUGAUGAAGCAAAACCAAAAUUUGGUACCACUGAUAAAACUGCAGGUGGAAGUGGGAGGAAGGAAGAGGGAAAAUUUGUGGAACUACCAGGUGCUGAGGUAGGGAAGGUGGUCGUGAGAUUUCCACCCGAAGCCAGCGGCUAUCUCCAUAUUGGGCAUGCAAAGGCUGCUCUUCUUAAUCAGUAUUAUCAAGAAACUUUUAAGGGUAAGCUGAUUAUGAGAUUUGAUGACACAAAUCCUGCCAAAGAAAAGGAGGAUUUUGAGAAGGUGAUCUUGGAGGACCUGCAGCUGCUUCAGAUCAAGCCUGAUAGAUUCACACAUACAUCUGACUACUUUGAUCUGAUGCUGGAAUACUGUGAAAAGUUGAUGAAGGAAGGGAAAGCAUAUGUUGAUGACACUGAGCCUGAGGUGAUGAAGCAAGAGAGAGAACAGAGGAUAGAUUCAAAAAACAGAUCUAAUGCUGUGGAAAAGAAUUUCAAAAUGUGGGAGGAAAUGAAAAGAGGCACUGAAUAUGGUCAAAAAUGUUGUGUACGUGCAAAGAUUGACAUGAAUUCAGCCAAUGGGUGUUUGCGUGACCCAACCAUCUACAGGUGUAAGAAUGAACCACAUCCAAAAACCGGUACAAAUUACAAGGUUUAUCCAACUUAUGACUUUGCAUGUCCCAUUGUGGACAGUAUUGAAGGUGUGACGCAUUGCCUGAGAACAACCGAGUAUCAUGACAGAGAUGAUCAGUUUUAUUGGUUCAUUGAUGCCCUUGGUCUAAGAAAGCCGUACAUAUGGGAAUAUAGUCGCCUGAACAUGAUGAAUACUGUGUUGUCAAAACGCAAACUCACCUGGUUCGUUGAUGAGGGUCUUGUGGAUGGAUGGGAUGAUCCUCGUUUCCCAACUGUACGUGGGGUUCUGAGACGUGGCAUGACAGUCAGUGGUUUAAAACAGUUUAUCAUCGCUCAAGGUUCGUCUCGAUCUGUUGUUAUGAUGGAGUGGGAUAAGAUCUGGGCAUUCAACAAAAAGGUGAUAGACCCCAUUGCUCCCCGUUACACUGCUCUGGAAGCAGAAGGAACUGUGCCAGUACUUGUAAAUGGAGCAAGCCUUGAACCUUUGACUGUUGCAAAACAUCCUAAAAAUGAUGAAAUUGGUACAAAGACUAUCUGGGUUGGUCCAAGAAUUCUUAUAGAUGGUGUUGAUGCAGAAACAUUGAAGGAAGGAGAAAAUACUACCUUCAUUAACUGGGGGAACCUAUUAAUCAAGAAGAUUAAUCGAAUGAAUGGAAAAAUUGUAUCAGUUGAAGCUGAACCCAAUUUAAUUAAUAAGGAUUACAAGAAGACCAUAAAAUUAACUUGGUUGGCUGAGACAGAGAGCGCACCUUUUGUACCAUGUAUAUGUGUUUAUUUUGACCACAUCAUCAGUAAAGCUGUCCUGGGGAAGGAUGAAGAUUUCAAGGAUUACAUUGGUCAUAACACCAGGACUGAAGUCAGAAUGCUGGGUGACCCAGAACUUUUGAAUCUUAAGAAGUCUGAUAUUAUUCAGCUGCAAAGAAGAGGAUUUUUCAUAUGUGACAGCCCAUAUAAACCAAUUAGUAGGUACACUGGACGUGACUCACCAGUGAUUCUGUUUGCAAUACCUGAUGGACAUACUAAAGAGUCUUCAGUCACAGCCCCAGCUAAGAACAAAGAAAUAAGCAACAAAGAAAAUGGGCAGGAGACAUUAGAGGAUGACCAGCGCAGCAGGAGACCUUCAUCAUCCAGAACUGAAGAAAUGAUUGGAAAAGUGCGGCAACUGAUUUGA